UGUCCCUCGGACACAGCAGAUCACUGAUCGCGGAAAGAGCCGAAGAUGUCGGCUCGGUCAUGUGAUCAGCUGUGUCCAAUCACAGUUGAUCACAUGGCACUGAUGAUCAGUGUGCCCUGAUGAUCAGUGUAGCCCCAGCAAUGCCACUAGUCAGUGUCCAGUGCCAGUGCCCAUCAGUGCCACAUAUCAGUGCCUACCAGUGCACAUCAAUGCCACAUAUCAGUGCCCAUCUGAGCUGCCUUUCAGUGUCACCCAUCAGUGCCACUUAUCAGUGCCAGUCAGUGCCGCCUAUCAGUGCUGCCUUUCAGUGCCCAUCAGUGAUGCCUGUCAAUGCCCAUCAGUGCCACCUACCAGUGCCUCCUCAUCACAACCCAUCAGUGCCACCUAUCAGUGUCCAUCAGUGCAGCCUAUCAGUGCCCACCACUGCAGCCUCAUUAGCGCACAUCAGUGAAGGAGCAAAUCACUUAUUUACAAAAUUUUAU